CAAAAAAGUCAAUUCUAUAGGAACUGCCGGCGAAUCGAACUUGACGGCACCGACGACAGCAGUGUUCGUCGCGGGAUUUCAUGGAAACCAGGAGAUAUCAACAUUUAACAAAAAAAUUGGCUCUUAUAAAAAUAUCGAUCUAUAUAGAUCGAAAACAUCGGGAAGACUUUACACCAGCUAUCAUCCUUAUAUAAUCGAUAUUUUGGAAAAUAAUUAUUCUCCAGCUGAUGAUGAUAAUCGAGUGCCACGGCGAGUCAGAUCAAUGAAUACCAACGGCAUUUUGGAAAAGCUUCAGGAGACUGACCCUCCGCUCUUCAUCAAGAAACUUACCGAUUUGGCUGUUAAAAUUGGCACUAGAACGCGGUUCCUCGUGGAAAUCCAGAGUUCUUCAUCUCCUCAGGUGACAUGGCACAGGAAUCAUGAACCCGUUGAUAUCGGUUCACGUUUCUCAUUCGUUCAUGAAGGGAAUUUUUACUGCAUCGAUGUGGCUCCAGUCACCCUUGAAGACGGAGGCCAUUGGACUUGCACAGCUGAAAAUGAUAAUGGGAGAUCAUCAUGCAGUUGUUAUUUAAACGUACUCGUACCAAAAGCUUACAAAAAACCGCAUUUCAUUGAGGAAUUACAGGCGAUCUUGACGGAAAGCGGAAGUGUUUCGUUGGAAUGUAAGGUACUGGGUGUUCCAACUCCGGUACUGAAAUGGUUCAAGGAUGGGAAAGAAAUGAAAGCUGGUGAUAUAUUUGCUCUAACUGCUUCUUUGGACGAUCCAACAUCUCUAGGCAUCUACAGAUGUGAAGCCGUUAAUUGUAUGGGAGUCGCCUGUUCGUCUUCACAAGUUCAUGUUAUCAAUUCAGAAGAUGGUCAAAAAUCCAGUGUGUCGAUAAAAUCCCUGGAGUCACUACCAGUUUUUGAGAAGUUCUUGAAAGAUCAGUCCUGUAAAAUUGGUGAGAGCCUAAUACUCUCUUGUCAAAUUCAGGUACCGCCUUGGCCAAAAGAUGUGGCUUGGUACAACGAAUCAGGCCGAAUAGAACCGAAUGAAAAAUAUCACAUUGUGCAAGAUGCAUUCGGAAUUUAUUCGGUUGAAAUUCAUGGAAUUGAAGCUGUUGAUAAAGGCCGAUGGAAGUGCGUUGCAACGAGCUUAGAUAAUGCUAAACAAUUUACCACGAGUUAUGUUGCGGUAUUGAUUCCAAAAAAUUAUCGGAUUCCACGAUUUAUGGAGGAUCUUCGAGCUAUUCUUACGGAAGAAGGUCUAGUGUCAUUUGAAUGUAAAGUCGUUGGAUUUCCGACUCCUGUACUCAAAUGGUUUAAGGAUGGCGAGGAAUUAAAACCAGGGGAUGUCUAUCAAUUGACAGGAACGAAUUCUUUGGGCUCGUAUUGUUGUAUUGCCAAGAAUUGUAUGGGUGAAGCUAAAAGCACAGCGGAACUUACGAUCGAAGAUAUCGAAAAUCAACUCAAUGAGGAAGAGCGUUUGCAAUUAGCCAAGGAAUUUACUCAAGUACCGAAAUUCAAGAAAGGCCUUAAAAGUUGCGAGGCUAAAAUUGAUGAGGCUUUCACAUUUGCCGUUCAGAUCGAUGUGACUUUGUCAGCGGAUCCAUCGGUUUCCUGGUACCGCAACGACGAAUUAAUCAGUGGAGACGUUAAAUAUAAAUUGGUCAAAGAGACUUUAGGAAAUUUUCAUCUGGAAAUAAAGAACCUGGAAUUAGUGGAUGAAUCGCAGUGGAAAUGUCUGGCAGAGAAUGAUUUCGGUCACAGCGUGACAUCGUGUUUUCUGAAGCUCAUCAUCCCGAAACAUUUCAGGAAACCAAAAUAUCUGGAGAAUCUCAAAGCCGUGCUCUCUGAAGAUGGUACUGUGAGUCUUGAGUGCAAAGUCAUUGGAGUUCCUCAACCUGCUCUGACGUGGUACAAAGAUGGGAUCGAACUGAAACCUGGAGAUGUUCACAGAAUCAUAUCCGGAGAAAAUGGAACUUGCUGUUUAGGAACUUACACUUGCCGUGCAACAAAUUGCAUGGGAUCCGUCAGCAGCUCGGCUUCUCUCCUUGGUUUCGAAGAUGAUGCGAAACAAGUGCAGAGUCAAGAUAAUCAACAGCUUGAUACAUCAGUGAAGAACGUCUCACUGUCUACCAUUCAUGAAGAAAGGACUUCUCAAUUGUACGAUACACCUCAAAGUGAUUAUUCAGUAACUCAGGAUGAUCACGGAGAGGUUUCAUUUAGUCUCGAUGGAAAAGAAGUCUCUCUCAGCCUUUACGAAACUCCAGAUUUGACCGAAGAAGAUGCUAUUCAAAUAAUGGAAAUGUACGCAGAUCAAUUAUCCGAACACAUUACUGAAGGUGAUGUCAUCGAACUUCCACCAAUGCGGUUUACUAAAGAAACAUCAACUACAGGUAAUCUUCUUAUGGAAGCCGUGGUAAUUGAUGUUUCCCCAGAUUAUUUUAUUCCGAACGAAAAGUUCGAGGAUCUGCGGACGGAAGUAGACGUUGAAGACGUAUCAAUAAUGGAAGACCAAUCACAAAGUAAUAUAUCAUCAUACUCUUCAGCAAUGGGUGGACAAACUCCUGUGAGACCUGUGAGGAAAAGGCAGAAAUCUGAGGGAAGUGGGUCCUCCCAAAGUGAUCACAGUGAAAAAAGCCAUCGCAAAUCAAUGAAAACGGAUCAAUCAGAGGCUUACCACAGCGCCAGAGAACCAUCAUCUAUUGAAGGGCAAUUUUCACUUGACACUGACAACACCGAAGCUAUCCGCGAUGAUGCGUCAUCCGUAGAUCUUCAUGAGCAGAAUCUUUUAAAAAUUGACGAGCCUGCGGAUAUAAUGGAUUAUGAUGUUAUAAUUCCGGAACCUGCCAUAAUCCAAUCUGAAAUGUCUUACAUAUUACAGGACCCAAAGAGAAUAAUUACCACAAUUUCAAAUCUAGAACAGACUAUUCAGCAUUUUUUGCUCAUGAAUGAGGAGCAUGAUGAGCCAGAGCUGGUCAUGCUCGCUGAAAAUUUGGAAAUGAUUUACGCGUCCCUUCAUCCCUUCAUUUUCGCUAUCGCAUCGCAUAAAACUGGAGUUAUUGAAAAUCCAAUUGACGAGCUCUUAAUUGGGAUUCUCACGGAACCGUUGGAAGACCUCGCACAUGCAACAGCAAGUUUAUAUUCCUUGGGGCCUACCAAGAAUUCAUUAAAUAACUUCGAAAAAUUCGUAGACGACUUUAAAUUGAAAUUACAAACUUUCGUAACAACUCUAGAAACAUAUGAAGAUGAAUCUUGUAAAAAGGAUACGACUGAAAAUUAUAAAGUGUUGGCUAAAAAUCUGGAUUAUAUCAUGAAUAAUAUUUCGAAAAUUUUAUUUGAGACUCUAUCAGAUGACAAACGGAUACAAAUCAAGUCUUCAUCUUCAAAACCGGGGGAAACUGAAGAGGAAAAAAAAUUAUCCCGUGCAGAAUCCGCACCAGAAGCUACUAUUGGUCAGUUGCUUCUCGUGUUAACCAGCAUCCAUUUUGAAUUGUCUUCCAUUUUAGAGAGGAUAUCAGGCAAUAGCCCCCCGGACAUGAAUGACAUUGAAUCUCCAUCUAAUCUGAUAGAUAGUAUCGAAAGACUUCGUCAAUGCAUUGGUGAUGUAACAAUUGCAUUCGCAACACCUUCCCUGUUUGACGCCAAUAUGUCAGUGAGCAAUAACGAUCGCGUGUUAAAUGAAUUCGCAAAGCUGGAGAUUCCUCUCCAUGAUUUACAAGAAAAUCUCACGAACCGAAAAUAUCAGGUGGAUGAAACAUAUUUUCUGAAGGAUAUGAUGCGGCCUCUGCAGCAUUUAAAAACAGCUGUAAAUCUUGUCAAGAAAGAUAAUUCAGAGCUGGAGAUUAUUCAAUUAUUGGAGAGCAUAGAGAGGCAUGUGUCUUUAAUUCCCAUUGCGUCCUCCAAUGAAACACUGAUUGAAGAAUUUGAAACAACUGAUGGCAUUCCUCAACCAGUGCAGGCGGGCAUAAAAGACGAAUGCAAAAGCGAAGAAGCAGUUGCGACUUCGGCUCGAACUGAACAAUUGCUCUUAUGGACAUCAACAGCUUUUGAACCAUUAGAGCAACUCGCUAAUGCAACGCUUUCUCUUGAUAGAUCCAUCAACGAAGAAAUCCACGCACUUCUCUGUGAACCCUUGGAUGCACUCCAUGAUCAGAUAGUAUCCCUUCAAUCAGCUCUAAAAAAUUCACCAAAACAGACAUUAGAAAGCGACUUUGUCGCCAUUAUCCAAAAAUUGUUGUGGCCAGUUAAUCAAUUGCGUGAUGGUAUAGAAAGGACCACAGAAAUUUCUCGAAAAAAACCGGUGGAAUCUGUAACGAAACAAAAUCUUGAAGAAUUCCUGCGCUCUGUUUCUGAUUUGUGUGGACAGUUCCAAUUCCUUCGAGACCAAUUACUUUUAGAGCCACCAGUCGCUUCUCUUGAAGUUCAAACAUCUGAUGCGCCUUUAAUUGUAACUCUUACAGCAGUUGUGGAGUCUCUUCAUCAUGUGAGUGAUGCGGUCACAUUGAUGUUGAGUACUGGCAUAACUGAGCAAGCUGAUGGUGUUCAUUCAAUUCCUGAUUUGCCAGAAACAGCAUCUAUUCCUUCUGAUGAUAGCAAAAAACCAAUUGAACUAAAUGAUAUUGAAGUAUUGGAUGAUGCAUUAAUCCAAAAAUCUUCACAGCCACUGGAAAUGAUUUAUGAUAAACAAGACUCUUUCGAGAUUCCUACUGAUUCUGAAGAUAAUAAAAUAUUAGCAAACAUCGUUCCGGAGAGUACCUUUAAGAUUAAUGACAACGAGUCUCAAAUAAUGACUCAGUAUGAGACGAACGAGGAGAAGGUACGAGCGGACGAAUCACCUGAAUCUUUAUUACUAGAUUCUACUCAGCAAAUUGAGAAAUCAACAGCUCCCGAAAAUGGAGAUCCGAAGAAUGAUCAAGAGCUUAUUGAUAAACAAUCAGAACUUCCCCAAAUUUUUAAGGAUACCAUUACAGAGGAUCCGUUAAAUUACGCAAUGAUACAGGAAGAAACUUGUGAUUUUGUGGAGAAUAAAGUUCUUGACGGUUUUCAAUUGUUAUUACAAAACCAAGUCGCAUAUAUUGUGGAAGACGAAUUGGAGCGUCAAGGAGCGCAGGAGAGUGGAUCGAGCGAUUUUAUUAAAAUUGUUCAGGAUAAAGUACAUGCCACGGUGUCAGUAAGUCCUGGUGUAGAUCAGGAAUCGAUAUUGGAGGAAAUGAUUCGAGAUAUCGUUGUGGAGGAACUCCAUUCCGUCAAGUCAGACAAUCAUGAAAAUGUCAGUGAUAUAAUCAAUUCGUCGUUGACAUUGACGUCAGAGCAGGCAGUAAAUGACGAAAUAAUUCAACCACAACAGAUCAUUCAAAAUGUACCGUUUAUCAACGAAGAAAAAUUCCACGGAAUAACUAGUGAUGAAUCUUCAGACAUGAAAAAAGAAUUGAUUGAUUCAUUAGUCGAAGAAUCAUUAGAGACUCCAGAACAUGCGUCAGUAAUUGUCGAAGAAUCGAAGACAUCAGAUAAAUUCGAGCAACAAAAUGAUGAUUAUAACAAUCCGAUAGCAAUAACCGUGUCUGCUAACGAAACAUCAACGCACUCCCAAAAUAAUCUAAUGAUGGAUCUACAACAAGCACUAGUGUCUUCAGGUAUUGAGGACAGAGAUACAAGGGAUGACGUCUUUAAAGAUUCCUCGGAAUUAUUGAAAAUCGACAUCGCAGGGAUAAUAGAAGACGAAUUGGAUCGUCAAGGGGCGCGAAAUUACGCCUCUUUAAAUUUUAUUCAACUUGUUCAGGACAAAGUAAGCGCCAAUAUAUCUUCAAAUCAUAAUAUCGAACAGGAAUCUGCACUGGAGGAAAUGAUUCGGGAUAUCACUGUGGAAGAACUUCAAUCGGUCAAGGCAGAUGUUAAUGAUAAUGAUUAUCGGAACCAGCCCCAGGAGAUAAUUGAAAAUGUAGAACUUGUCAAUGAUGAAAAACUUUACGAAAAGGUUCAAGAUGAAUCAUCAGAAGCGGAAAAAGGGGCCCGGCCUGAAGAAAUGUGUGAGUCUCUGAAUUAUGCACAGGAACGUAUCGAUCAGUCUCAAAUUGCGGAUAGAUUAAAUCAACAGAAUGAUGAUACGAAAAAUUUGAUGGAAAUAGCAUUAUCUAUUAAGGAAGAAACAAGACAUUUACAAUUUUUAAGUAACGCAAUGGCUGAUGUACAACAAGCACUAGUGUCUUCUACAAUUGAAGAUAAUUGUAGCACAGGGGAAGAUGAAAUUCUGAAAGACUUUAAGAUAUCAUUGGAGAGUGAUACGGCACACGUGAUAGAAGGUGAAUUAAAUCGUGGAGACGCGCAAGAUUAUGCGGCAAUCAAUGUCAUUAAUAUUAUUCAAGACAAAGUACAGGAUCUGGAAUUUAUGGAGGAAGAAAUAGUUGGAGAUAUCGCUGUGGAAGAAUCUAUCAACGUAAAUAAUAAUGAAUUAGAUAAUGAUCAAGUCGAAUCAUUAGAAAUGGCGAAAGAAGAAAUACAGAUCGAUGGAAUAUGGGAAUCUCCAGAUCAUUUAUCAACAGCUGUCGAGAAAUUGAAAAGUACGGAUAGAUCAGACCAGGGAAAUGAUGAUGAAGAAAAUCCGAUGAACGCAGAGUUAUCGACUCAUGAAGUAACACCGGAUGUUCAAAUUAAAAAUGACUCACUGAUGAACGAGCAAAAUGAUCAAGCUCUCCAAGAUUCCCAGAUGUCAUUGGAAAAUAAAAUAGAAACAAUUAUAAAAGACGAAUUGGAUCGCCAAGGCGCGCAAGAGUAUGCAUCAAUGAAGUUCAUUGAAGAUGUUCAGAAUAAAAUAUAUACCGCUGCAUCCUCAAAUUAUAAUAUAGAUCAAGAAUCAAUAUUCCAGGAGCUGGUUCGUGAUAUCACUGUGGAAGAGCUUCAGUCUAUAAAAUCGAAUUGCAAUAAAAUUCCGAACGUUAAUAUUGAUCUGUCAUCCUAUAUGCCUGAACAAAAAUCACACAAUGAAUUGGUAGAGAGAGAAUUAAAUAUACAAGAAUUAUCGGAAUCAGUCCCAUCGCUAGAUUCUACACCAAAAAAUAAUGAAAAAUCUAAUGCCGGGAUAAUUGUGGAUGCAAAUACUAAAGGUGGAGAAUUAAUUAAUGAAGUGAAUGUUCUUGACGAUUUUACAUGUCAAGAAGACUCAAUAAAGGAUAAUUCAGCAAAUGAUGAGACCAACCAAGUCCUCGAUUCAUCUGAAAUUUUGAACGAACCUCUUCAAGAAAAAGGACACACCGGUAUUUCAAGUGUUCCUGAUGCAGAUCAACAAUUAGAAGAGAUAAUUCCUGUUGUUGUAAGCAAGGAGGAGCUUGGAGAAGUGACGCAUGAUAAAUCAUUGGAGAAAGCAACGGAAAAUAGAGGGAAUCCAGAAUCAUGUGAAGUAUUGACAUUAAAUUUUACCGAUAGGAUCGAUGGAAAAAUUGCAAGUGAGGAAGAUUUAGAGGUGAAUAUUAAAAAGGAAACGCCAAACAAUGAAACAUUACCUAUUGAUGAAGCAUCAGAUGAUCCCUCACUUCCGAGAAAUAAGAUAGCACUAACUGGAUUAAUUGAUGCACCAGAGCAAUUACUGAUUACGCCUGACGUAGCAUUUGGCAAUGUGGCAGAUAGAAAUGAAAAUAUAAAACAAAUUAUAGAAGACGAAUUGGACCGUCAAGGUGCACUGGGAUAUGCGUCGAUCAAUUUUAUUGAACUUGUUCAAGAGAAAGUUCAUGUCGCUGCAUUGGAAGGUUCUGCAAAUCAGCAGGCGAUAUUAGAAGAACUCAUUCGUGAUAUUACUGUAGACGAGCUUCAGUCUGUAAAAUUAGGAGAGAGUGUGAUAAACGACGAGACAAGCGUCCAAAAUGAAUCGAUACUGUCAUCUGAACAGAAAUCGAUUGAUAGCUUGCAGAAAAUUCUAGAUGACGAUCAUAAUCCAGCAUUGCAAGAAAUCUGGCCGACGGAAAUUCCUAUGGAUCAUAAUAAUGAGCAUGAAACUGUAGAUCUGAUUAUGCCUGAGGUGGAAAAAAUAUUUGGAAAUGUAAUUCAGAUAGAUGACCACGGGGAAGUGAUCGAUUCCAAAUAUCACGAGACAAUUUUUAAUAAUCCAUUGGUGUCCCAGUGUCAAUUUUCUGAUCAUUCUCUAGAAGAUUUGAGCUCGAUGGAACUAGGCGUACAAGUAGCAGCUCAAUCUUGUGCUCUUGACGAUUUAAAAAACCUCAGAGCAACCACAACGAUCACUGAUAUCUCUCCGGAAGAACCGGUUGAGCCUCUGGUGAUAACCGAACUCGAAAGUGCAUCUGCUCAAGCGAUUGAACUGGAAAAAUAUAUAAGUCCUGUCAAACCGAGUACUCACUCAAUGAUUUUACAGAGCCCCGUAUCUUCCAAACAAUUUACAUCUGAAGAAUGCACUGGUGAUCUGAUAAUUCCUGAAUUACCAGAAGAACAAUCCAAAAUCGUGGCAGAUGAUAGUUCGCUGCCUUCGGAAGAAGAAUGUAGAAUAAAUAUUUCAGACACGAAGAGAGGAGCAAUGAUCCUGGGACAGCCUAGUACUGUGGAUGUGGGAGCGCUCUGGGAAAUUUCGAAAGAUGCUGUAAGUCCAGAAGUCCAGGAUCAUCAAGUGGCUCUUCUUAAAAGUAAUGAUGCUCUGCAGCCAGCGUCACAGCAUAAGCAUCAGAUUUUCAACUGUCCACGAGCACUUGAUGAGGUAGGACCCAAUGAAUACACCCAAGACAUUAUGAACAAUCCCCCAGUGGAUUAUAAUGUUGCACCUGUGGAUGUUGAUCCUCUGGCUAACCCUUCCGAACAUACGGUGCGAGUACUAAAUUCAGAGGCAGUGAAUAAUAAAUCACCAGAUGAGAAGAUCGUAUUGGGAAGAGAGACCGGUCCUGCGAAUGAUAUCAGUCAAUCAAUAGCGGAAAAAAAAGAGAAUGUGUUGGACGAAUUGCGAAUUAAUAGAGAAGAAUUCUCUGAAGGUGAUUCUCUGAAAAAUAAUGAAGAAAUAAUUGAUGCAACGAGUGCAGUUCCUGCGGAUCAUCAUGAUUUGAAAUCAGUUGGAAAAACGACAACUGAAGAUAAUCAAGGCGCCAAUAAAGGAGUAAAAGAAUCUGUUGAAGAAUUAAGUGAAAAUUUGAAAAGUUCCGAUGAAAUUGCGGACGAGCAGAAGAAAGGGUCGCGUUCUCCGCAAGAGAAAAAAUUACGUAAAAUUCAGAAAAAUAAAGACGAAAAAUCGCAAUUCAGUAAUACUGAGCGAAAAGAGAAUUCUAUAGCCUCAGCGAUGAAAGAUGAAAAUGUCGAGGAACAAAUCAUCGAGGGAACUGAAAGUUCGCCAAAAACGCAGAAUCAUUCGGAAGAAAAAAAUGUUCCCACUUCUGAAAAUAAUAAUUCACUGGAGAAAGGGGAGGCAAUUUCUAAAAAUUCUUCUCAAAUUGCUGAUGAAGAACAAUUGGCAUUGAGUGGUGAAAAAGAUUUCAUGAAGAAGAAGAAGAUUGAUGAAGUAAAUAUCAUGGAACAUCGAGACUCAAAGAAGACUGACACUUCGAGUUCUUUUGAUGAUGAAGAACGAGUGAGAAAGGGAAAUCGAGUAAAGGAACAUGAAAAAUCGGAACUUCCGGGUGCAGAGGAGAAUGGCCUUCAGGAGACCCCUAAUGAUUAUCGACGAUCAUUAAUUGAACAAGAAAUGACAAGUCAAUAUGGAAAGCCUAAAAAAAUUAAUCACACUGAAGAAGAAAUUAAACAGACGCAUUUACAAAAUGAGAGACAGCAAAAAUUGAAAAAAAAUGGCACGAGAACACGAAUUAAAGGAUCGGAAAUAGAAGAUCGUGAUUACACUCACAUAAGAUCAAAAGAAAGACCCACUUCGGAUACAGAAUCACACACCGAAGAUUCCCAUCUAGAAUCGGCCUCAGUCGCCACAAAUUUGUCUCUAGAUUCUGAAUUAUCAGAAUCCUCAAAACGAAAUGUAAAAUUCGACUACCGCCAAGAACGAGAUGCAUCGAUUGUCCUGCCAUCAAUAUCAAUUGACACAGACGAAUUAAUGACGAGUGAUCAAUCCCGAUCUUCUGAUUAUUUAGCGCAAAAAUCGCGAAAAUACCGGAAUGAAUAUGGCAGUGACAGGGAAUAUUUGCCUGGUCCUAGGCACAAAGGGAAAAAACCAGUUUUCUGCAUGAAGUUGAUAGAUCGAACUGCAGCAGCAGCUUCUCGGAUCAAACUAACUUGUACAGCCCUUGGUGAUCCCGAGCCUCGCGUAUUUUGGAUGCAAAAUGGUCGGGAAUUAUCCCAGACAAGUAACCGAUACUGCAUAACGAACGAUAACGGAGUGAUAUCAUUGGAGAUUUAUUCAGUGAAGUCUGAAGAUUCUGGAGAAUACGCGUGCAUUGCUAAAAAUAUUCAUGGUGAAGCAUCCACUGAAGCUAAAUUAAAAGUUUACGCGGGAUACGAGUCCACACAUUCAUCGCCCAUUUUCACGAGACCAAUGAGGGAUACUUUCAAACGAAACGAAAACAAAUUUAUUCUGGAAUGCCGAGUACGGGCUCAACCUCCACCAAUUAUAACUUGGUUGAAGGAUGGAAAAAUAAUGGUAAUGAAUGACAGGUGCAGACAAAGUGAUUUAGCUGAAGGAAUCUGCCGCUUACAAAUAUCUAAUCCGUGUAAUGAUGACGACGGUAUUUACACGUGCAGAGCGGAAAAUAAAUCUGGGUUCAGUGAAUGCAAUUCUCGUUUCACAUACAAUGAACACGCGGUUGCGCCGAAGUUUGACUUGACGAGUUUAAGUGCUCAUAAUAAAAGACACAAUUUAACUUCUGAAAUGCAUUCCACUGUGGAUUAUGACAUGUAUUCUUUCAUUCUUUCUGAUCCAUUUGGUAUUGAUCGCUCGAUCUACAGCCACCGAACAGAUUUAUCUAUUGAAUGUGGUAACGUGAAAUUGGAUGGCGGAUAUUUAUGUUUAAAAGAAAACGGCAAGCCUGCCAUAUUUAUAUCCCGUCCCGUUGACAAAUUAAUCAACGCUUGCGUGGGAGAAGACGUGAGUUUAUCAUUCAGAGUGGGUGGAGUGCCUAAACCAAAAGUGAUUCUGAUGAAGGGACUGGUUGAUAUCACGAACGGCACUCGAUCCUACAAAGAAAGUCAUGAUGACUACGUUAGAAUAACAUUCAAAAGAAUAGAGGAUGAGGAUGAGGGAACGUACUGUAUCCUCGUUAAAAAUCGUUAUGGCUAUGACCGUACUUUCUUCACAAUCAGGGUUAAACAACGCGCGAGAUCAUUGACACCAGCGAGAUCAACGGAAUGGAAUUUCGAGAAUACGAAGAAAUAUCUGAGUCAUGUCCAUGAGCCAACACAUUCACAAGUCAAAUUCAUACCAGGUCCUAUCUCCAGCGAGCCUGUGGUGGUUGACGGUGGAAAAACUUGGUUGGCUUUAUCAUGGGGUAAAGCCGAACAAAGAGGACCAGCACCGAUUGUUGCUUAUCGAGUUGAUGCUUGGUUACUUGGGGGUGAUGGUGGCGCCCGAUGGAUCGAGCUUGGAGUUACAUCAACCAACUCCUUCGACGCCUUCAAUUUGUGUCCGGGCGAAGAGUACAAAUUUCGAAUUACUCCGAAAAAUCGGUACGGAUGGGGGGAAUCCGUCACCAUGACGAAUUCGGUCACUGUAAAAGAAAUCGUCAAGUUUCCGGAGUUCUCGGAAAUAUUGCCGGGUCAAUUGAAAGCACUUGUCGGGACAACAUUGAAUUUGAAUUGUGAGAUCGAGAGUAAUAAAUCGGUGGCCCAUGUACGAUGGUACAAAGAUAAUGUAGAACUCGAUGGAACACACGAUCAGAGAGUUGUCAUCAAUAAUGUCGAUUUAAAAUGCUCUCUGUCAAUCGCUGAUAUCGGAGAAAGAGAUUCCGGGCGAUAUGUGUGCGAUGCGACAAAUUCCGCGGGAAGAGUGUCAACUUUUGCUCGAGUGCAAGUUGUUACGGAUCCGAAAAUUGCAGAUGCCGAUCUCGAAUUAAGAACCAUGAGAGCGAACGAUCGUUCAAGUGAAGAACGACCACCCGAAUUCACAAUGAGACUCAGAGACAGACGAGUCCAAGCGACGUAUCCUGUCAGAUUGACAUGUCAAGUUGACGGUAAUCCCGAGCCCGUGAUAACCUGGUAUAAAGACGAAGAAGAAAUAAAUAUUGAAGUGGAAAAUAUGAGUAUAUGGAAAGACGAAGCCCAUUUUCACACUUUGGAAAUAAAUCGUUCGAAAAUUGAUAAUACGGGUAUUUAUAUGGUGAGAGCGCAGAACGCCUUUGGAUGCUUAUCAUGCCGCUGUCAUCUUGUUGUGGAUGAGGGCAUAAGAGCAUACAUAGCUCCUGAAUUUUUGCAUUUUCUGAACCCAGUCUAUACUGUCGUUCAAAAUCAAGAGCUUCGAAUGACCGCGCAAAUAGAGGCCUAUCCGGCUAUCGGCAUCACAUGGUACCGAGAUGGAAAGCGACUUCGUCCUAACAGAAAUACAGUCAUGUCAUUGCAUCAUGAUGGAACUGUCGAAUUGACUUUGGCACACAUUACAUGCAAAGAUGCCGGUGUUUAUUGCUGUAUAGCGACGAACGAAGUGGGACGUGCCGAAAAUAAAACUCAAGUCAAUGUGUUAAUGAAUGAUGAUGUCGAUGAAUCAAUGAAAUCUUCAACAGAAACAGCACAAACUUCGGUUAUACCGUAUUCUCGGGAGCCCGUGUUCAUCACGAAGCCUUUGUCAACAGAAGCAUUCGAGGGUGACAAUAUUAUUAUUCUUUGUCAAGUUAUCGGAGAUCCUAAACCAGAUGUAAUCUGGCUUCGCGAUUUUCUAAAGCCUGAUUAUUACAAAGAUGCGCCACAUUUUCGUCCUGUGGGUCUAGGACCGCAGUAUCAGCUUGAGAUUCCGUACGCGAAAUUAGAUUUUACAGGAACCUAUUCUGUCAUUGCGAAGAAUUGUUAUGGGGAGGCUAAAGCCGUAAUAUCUCUUCAGAUUUAUGCCAGAGAUCCAGACAGGCAAGAUAUUAACAGGAAGCAAAUAGUCAAACAUAGUGAGAUACAGACAUUACCAGUGAUUCAAAGUCCUUUGAAGAGCAUUCGAUGUUGCGAUGGAGAUGCUGUGACAUUCAUUUGCAAAAUUAACGCAACUCCACCGCCAUCGAUUCGAUGGGAAAAAGGCGGGAAGUUAGUACCACUUCAGAAUGAUGUGAGUUUCGACUUUGAGGACGAAACAGCACGAUUACACAUACAGCAAGUAUAUCCAGAAGAUGAAGGUGAAUAUAUUUGUGUAGCCUACAACGAUCUGGGGAGUGCGUACACGUCAGCCUGUUUGAUAGUGGAUGUACCUGAAGGUAAAGAAAUAUGUAUCAAUCGGAGAUUGAAGAAACCCAUCAGUUUGCUCUCUCCAAAUGCAACGCCUAUUUCAACUCCAAGGUCGACUCCAAUACGGAGUCUAUCUCCGUCGUGCGUCAUCCGUGAAUUGACGCACAACACCGGACGCCGAGGGAGAAUACCAGCAGCACCGAAAUUUUAUGCAAUACCUCAUAACCGAGUUGCUGAGGAAGGCGACACUAUCAGAUUCCAGUGUUCCGUUACAGGACAUCCAAUACCCUGGGCGAAUUGGGACAAGGAUGGCAUAACUGUAAUAUCAAGUGCAAGAGUCUCUAUCACAGAAAAGGAUGAUUUGAGAAUUUUGGAAAUUGCACAGAUCGCGUACGAAGACGCUGGCCUCUACCGAAUCACUCUGGAGAAUGAUAUCGGUAGAGUCGAAGCGACUGCUCGACUCGAAGUUAUAAGAGGGAAACAUGCGUCUGUAUCAAGGGGAAUUACACAUUCUUCGAGGCAGAAUCGAUCGGCCAGUGAUCGCCCACCGUUCUAUCCCACAUUGAGUCCAGAUUAUCAGUCUCGUUCAUCUACUUCACUCGAUAAAUAUUCUGGAAUAAGUAGAACCACUCCCACGUAUUUACUACCUCAUCACAGGGAGAAGUCUUCAAGAGAUGAAUAUGACGGGUCAUUCUUUUGUACUGAAGUUGAGGAAAAGGGUCCAGUGAUUUUAACAGCACCUGCUGAUGUACUGGCAAUCAAAGGAGAAACUGUUGUACUUUUGGCGACAUACAGUGGAUUUCCAAAAGCUGUACCGCAGUGGUUCUGCGAGGGAAAAAAAGUGAUGCGCAAUGAUCAGAUCAAAAUUCAAACAAUGAUGGGUUUCACUCGUCUAAUUAUGAAUGAAAUUACGCGCAAACAAGCGGGAAAAUACAGUGUAUGCAUUGAAAAUACGAUGGGUGGAGAUUCGAUAGAUGCGCAUGUGAUAGUACAAGAAUCUGCGAGUGUGAUAAACCCAGGAGGUACAAUAUCAAUUAGUAUACCUAGAGCUAUUGACUGCGAAUCUCACAUGGCGAAUAUUAAUAGAGUAGACAGGUCUUCAAUGAAAACUGAUAGCAUAAACGAGGGAGAUACCGAUUUGGACGAAAUGCCAGAGUUCUCCAUCGUGGAAGUCAUGCCUAGGGAGAUCUUCGAUGAUCAUUACGACAUUCUUGAAGAAAUCGGUAAAGGCAGAUACGGAGUUGUUCGAAAAGUACUGGAUAAGUCGAGCGAAAUCAAUCGAGCAGCGAAAUUUGUCCGAACGAUUAAAAAUAAGGACCGUCAACAGGUAUUGAAGGAAAUUGAUAUUAUGAAUACGAUGAAACAUCCGAAGUUGAUGCGAUUAGUGGCUGCGUUUGAAGGAUCAAAGGAAAUGAUUAUGGUCACUGAAUAUAUCUCGGGCGGAGAAUUAUUUGAGAGAGUGGCAGCUGACGAUUUCACGUUGACGGAACAGGACAGUGUCCUUUUUGUUCGGCAAAUUUGUGAAGGAGUUGCCUACAUGCACGAUCAACAUAUCGUACACAUGGAUUUAAAGCCAGAGAACAUCAUGUGCCAAUCGCGUACCUGUCACCGAAUAAAAUUAAUUGAUUUCGGAUUGGCACAGACACUCCAACCCAAUACGCCAGUCAGGGUAUUAUUCGGAACCCCGGAAUUCGUAUCUCCAGAAAUCAUUAGUUUUGAACCGAUUGGGACAGAGUCGGACAUGUGGAGUAUCGGAGUUAUCUGUUAUGUACUAUUAACUGGAUUGUCACCUUUCAUGGGUGACAAUGAUGCAGAAACUUUCGUCAACAUAACACGUGCUGACUAUGAUUUCGAUGAUGAAGCAUUCAGUGCCAUUUCCAAAGAAGCCAUUGAUUUUAUCAGUUCACUUUUGAUCAAAAGAAAAGAAUUAAGAUUGUCGGCGAAGGAUUGCCUGGAACAUCCGUGGUUAGCUCAAUGUGCCGAAAAUAUGAACCGAGUAGUUCUACCCACUGAUAAAUUAAAAAAUUUUAUCGUCAGGCGAAAGUGGCAGAAAACUGGCAAUGCCAUUCGUGCUUUGGGAAGAAUGGCAAUUCUUUCGGCUAAAAGUCGGAAGAAUAUUUCCACCGAGACAGUGCCUGAGGAAAUUGACAUUUUUUAUCCACCCUCUGAGGAUUCACUGGAAAUUUCGGAGCUGAAUAUUUCCCCGACUGAGCAUUCACUCAUAUUCACAUCAAAUUACCCAAAAAAUGAUUUGUCACCUGAAAUAAUCAGUGAUAAAGAUAUCGAGGAGCGAAUAACUGAUAGUUCCAUUGAUGGAACACCGACAAUAAUGGAGAUUGAAGGAGAAAUGCCUCAAUUAGUGCAAAGUCCUUUUACCAUUUGCGAUGAGAGUGUUUUAUUGAAUAAGGAUAGUACUGAAUCCCAGUGUGAAACUAACAAUCUGCAACUAGGUGUGUUGAUAGAUAAAGCAGACGAAGGCGCGAACCCAAGGGUAACAACAACAAUUCCACCCUUACGUCACGUACGCACAGGGAAUGUUAGCCGCACAGCAAAACUAUUCGAAACCGAGGACGUGUCUUCAACACUCCAUCCCCCAUCUAGUCGAUUGAAUUUACCACCUGCUGACGCAAGACUGCAGAACGAAAGAAUUCGUAAAGCCUUCGAAUUUUGGAAUAAAUAGCAAUUACACAUAGCCCUCCACUUUUUAAUAACGCACAGUAAUGUAAAAUUUGUCUGACAACUAUAACUUAACAGAACCUAAUAGAAAAAUAAUAUAUAAUAAAUAGGGGACUUGAUUGACGAGCUCCCCUCCAAAAAUAGGAAUCACUGUGACUAGAACACUGGUAUUCCAAAUUUUAAUGCUAAUGACAAUAAAAAAAAACAU